CUUGGAUUGCUUGGAAUUUGGAGUAUAUUCUGUGCCUGCAAAUACCCUCCCACGCAUAGCAGGCUACACAGCAGAGAAGCUUCGAGAGUUGAUAAGGAUGGAUAAGUCGAAUCAGGGUGGUGGAGCAGCUGCAACUUUUGGUCAAAUAAAGAGAAGAAGGGAUGCGGUGACACGAAGUCAGGGUAAGGAGAAGAAUGUACCAGAUGCAUGUAGAGGGGAAGGUGAAGGGGGCGGGCCAGCGGAUUCAGCGAAGAUGAUGAACAUGGCCGAUAGAGCAGAAGUAAUGGCAUUGCUAGAGCAGAGAGACAAUUCGCUGUUGAGAAAUUUGGCAACACAACUGGACGUGAGACGUCGUGAGUUAGUUAAGGAAAUAUUUGGGCAGACUUGCAGUACAGGUGCAAACAAGGUAGGGAGUGAACAAAAUGUUUCAUCGUCAGUGGCACCAACUAGGUGUGGUGCUAAACUUGACAUUGGUAUAUCAGGAGACAAAGAUGCAGCAGGUAUGUAUGUAUCCGUGGUUGGGAAUUGGUAAGGCAUAAUUCAUCAUGAAGGCAUGAGUUAAAACUUAUAAUUAGUUAGAACAGUAAGAUGUAUUUAAUGUGUGGGCAGGUGUGGGAGACCCUGGUAGGGUUGGAAGGGGAAAUCGAAGGAAUGAACAAGGGAUGCGGUACAAGGUAUGCGCGGUGCGCCGUAAGCGAGGUGGGAGUGAAGAACGGGCAACUUUCGGAGGCGCUCAUGAAUGUACUGGUGCCGAAGGUGAGGUCCAACCGAAGAAGAAGACGAAGGUUCUAAUGGGUUAUGACGAACAAAUCAAGAGAGCAGGAGAUAACUUGGGUACGGCAGAGGCGUCGCUGCCACGAAGCAUAAGGGACAACAGUUUGAUAGUACCGUGGAUGAUAAAGUCGACAGGAUUUUUCAAUAAUGCAGUUGGCAGUGCAGUGAAUGUACAUGUUGGGUAUGGGUAUGCAGGUACCUCUGGGAUGGGCCAUAAUAAGAAAGCAUUGUUGAAAAGGACUAGAGUACGGAAGGAACGUAACAUUAAGAGACAGCGCAAGAAGCGUGGGGUUGCGGAGGAACCACCUUUCCCAUUUGGACGUAAUAGAAUUCAGGUUAUAGCAGAAGCGGCACAUGAAGUAUAUGAUUGGGUCAUGAACUGUACAUCAACUGAAUUGAAGCGAGAGUGGAUAGCUGACACGCGCUCCAGUAUGGAGACACGGAUAAAGGGCGAGCGGCUAAAAGCUGAGAUGAGCAUUGGUGGCCGCAUCGGAAAUGACGUGUGCUCGCUGAUUUUCCGUAUUCUGGAGAGGGAAGACCAUGAAUUGUAUAAGUACCAGGUGGUGAAAAGAAGUCGUCACUUCAUUCCACCAGAAUGGGGGGUCCAGGUGUUGAUCCAAGGCGACUACCUCAACUCGGACAAGGUGAAGGCAAUGUUUAUAGCAGCCGGGUUGGGCUAUGAUCCAAAAGAUUGUGAACUGUUUAUUGUUCCAGUAUCAGUUGCAGGUAGAUGGGUCUGCUACUUUUGGGAUGUAGGAAAUAGACGGCUAACCAUCAUUGAUCCGGUAAUGAGCACAUGGGAAGCGACUGAGGUGGAGCAAAAGCACAAGAAAUACGUUGAAAUAUUGCACGGAGGUUUCAGGGCGUGCAAGGAGCAAUACUUAAGUGAAUGGGACAUAGAGACGGCGGAUUGGGAGGUGAAGUACAUGUGCAGCAUGAAUGAACCAUCGUCAACUAAGGCUGAUUCUGCACUGCACGUAUUCCACUAUGCACGGCAUUUCGAUGGACAGACACUUCACUAUGGCAUAGAUCAGGAGUACGCGGAAAAAGCACGGAAAUAUUGGAUGUAUAAACUACUGAAUAUACAGUGGAAUAGUGGGCACCUUCCUUCCGUCAUGUGUGUGGACUUGACGUGUUGAUGGUUAGAACUGAAGGGCCUAUUUUGGUGGUCGUUAGCAGUGAAGAGUAUUUUGGGCUGUUAGGGCCAUGGUCUAGAACUGGUAGUCAUUUUGUGCAUAAGGACGGCCUAUAUGUAUAUUCGUAGUAAACAUGUUGGGCUGAAAAUGACCUGAAUCAUGGUGGAACCACUGGUAGUCUGGUGCUUUUGUGAAGAAUAUGCGCAAUGAAUAUGGGUACCUAACGCUGAAAGAACUUGAUAUAAGCAUCAA